GGACCCCCCGAGAGCCGCCCGGGCCCUUCGCGCCUUACCCGCGCUGCCUUUUCGUGCCCCGCGAUUGGCCCGCGCAGGUGCCAAUCAUCCUCUAGGCUCCCUUAGGGCUCCAAUCAGCAUCGCCGGAGUGCGAAUGGCGGGCGCUGAUUGGGCGGCGGCGGUGCCCGCCCAGCAGAGCCCCGUGAGGGCUGUGUGGUGAGGGGCGGCCGAGGGUCCCAGGUACGGCCCCGGACCGGCACCGGCCCGACCUCCGGACCGGGCUCAGUGCCCCGAGCCCACCCCGGACCCCGGCCCGAGCCCGGCUUAGUGCCCCCCGCCCACCCCCGGAGCCCGGCCCCAGCUCGGGGGUCCUUCCCCUGCAGCCCCCCGGGCCCGGGAUGUCGCGGGAGGAGCCUGAGGGUCCCGAACCGGAGGCGGCGGCGGGCGAGAGCCCCUUCCUGGCGGAACUGGUUGGGGACGAGCCCCCCGGCGAGGAGCUGGACAGGUACCGCCUUCACCUUUGGAGUGAAAAUGGAGAAAAAAAAGCGGGGGGAUGCAACAGCCCGCCGGCAGUGCAGGGAGGGGGGACACGCCUGUCUCCACAUUAAUUAGAGGGUAAUUUUCAAUUAACGGGACUGGUAGGGCUGCCACAGGGCACAGCCUGUCCCUGUCCCGGUGGUGUGUGACCCUGACAGGGUGCACAGCCCUGAUGGGGUCCCUGUCCUUGUGUAAGCUAUUCCGGCUUUGGGCACGGAUGUCUCUGACCCUGUCCCCAUGGGGUCUGUGCCCCUCACAGGGGGUCCCUGACCCCGUGUGAUCCCCGGCCCUGAUGGGGUCCCUGUCCCCGUGGGCUCCAUGGGGUCCAUGCCCCUCACACAGUCCCGGUCCCUGUGUGACCCCAGCCCUGAUGGGGGUCCCUGUCCCCAUGGGGUCCCUGUGUGACCCAUGCCCCUCACAGGGGUCCCUGUCCCCGUGUGAUCCCCGGCCCUGAUGGGGUCCCUGUCCCCGUGGGCUCCAUGGGGUCCAUGCCCCUCACACAGUCCCGGUCCCUGUGUGACCCCAGCCCUGAUGGGGGUCCCUGUCCCCAUGGGGUCCCUGUGUGACCCAUGCCCCUCACAGGGGUCCCUGUCCCCGUGUGAUCCCCGGCCCUGAUGGGGUCCCUGUCCCCGUGGGCUCCAUGGGGUCCAUGCCCCUCACACAGUCCCGGUCCCUGUGUGACCCCAGCCCUGAUGGGGGUCCCUGUCCCCAUGGGGUCCCUGUGUGACCCAUGCCCCUCACAGGGGUCCCUGUCCCCGUGUGAUCCCCGGCCCUGAUGGGGUCCCUGUCCCCGUGGGCUCCAUGCGCUGUCCCCCGCCCUCCUGAGGGUCCCUUGUUCCGGCCGAGGCCGUGCGCGGGGCCAGCGCUGGGUCCCCGCUCGUCGCUGUUCUUCGCCUCGCUGGACGCCGCCGUGGAGGGGCUGCAGCAGCGGGCGCAGGACGUGCUCGGCCGCCUCAACAGCGGCCGCGAGGAAGCGCACACGGAGCUGAGCGGCGUCAGGGACAGCCUGCUGCUGAAGGUCUCGGAGCUGGCGGAGCAGCUGGAGGAGCGGCUCUUCCACCGCUACGGCUUCCACAACGGGCUGAUCCAGGAGCGGCUGCAGGCGCUCGGCGAGGUGUUGGAGCGCGUGGAGGAGGUGCAGGCGGAGCUGCGUCGCAUCUGCUGCACCGUGGAGGCGGCUUAUCAGGACCUCUGCCUGCAGCCCGAGGCCUGAGGGCACCCCCAGACCUGUGCGGGACCCCCAAACCCGCCGGGCUGCGCCGGGCCAAAGGGGAUUUUUGCCCCAAAGGGCUUUUCUGUUGCUGUUGCUGUUGGUGGUUGGAACAAAUAAAGGGCUGAAGCCGACCCAAAA